AUGGCUUCUGAACUGGCAAAAGAAAUCGAGAUCAAAGUUCCCCGGGGCGAAACGAAGAGCCCGGAGGAACAUGUAUCUGCCGAAAGAGGCGAGAUCAUAUACAUUGAUCCCGAGAAGGAGGCAGCCGCACUGAGAAAAUUUGACAAGUUCGUCCUGCCAGUCUCGCUUGGUAAUGCAAGAGUCUUUGGCUUUGACGCAGACAUUGGCCUCGUGGGUGGCCAGUUUGGCAAUAUCACCAUGUUGUCCAGCGUCUGCACCAUUGUCUUCGAGGUUCCCUGGGUUCUGGCCGUCAAGCGCUUUGGUGCGAAUAAAGCUCUCGGGACUGCACUCAUCCUCUGGAGCUUCUGUACCCUUGGAACGGCUUUCAUUCAAACUUACGGUCAGGCGAUCGCCGUUCGCAUGCUGCUAAAUGCCUUUGAAGCCGGUCUGGCCCAAAGCUUUGCCUACCUAUUUUCUACAAUAUAUCCCCCAAACCGGGUAGGCAAGCGUAUCAUGACUACUAAUCUCGCUAUGUGUAUUUCGGGCGCCUUUGGCGGGCUAUUUGCAUAUGCUGUACAGACAAUGGGAUCGCGACAUGGGCUCGCGGCCUGGAGGUGGUUGUUCAUCGUCGAAUUUUGCAUCACGCUCUUUGUGGGUGGGAUUGGAUGGUUCUGCCUCCCCACGUCGGCUGAGACGGCAUGGUUUCUAAACGCCGAGGAGAAGGAAACCAUGCGGCUGAAAAGACAGCGAGACUUUUUGCGCCGAGGAGAAGACAAGUUCGACCGCAAAUGGAUCAGAAUUGCUCUCACAGACCCCUUUGUCUACCUGCUUGGCACAGCCUUCUUUACAUCGUCAGUUGCAAUUAACGGAUUCAACGUUUUCCUACCUACCAUCCUUUCUGGCCUUGGAUUCCCCUCUCUGUCGGUCAACUACUUAACGAUUCCAGUUUAUGUCCUUGGUGCUAUCUCACUUGUCCUUCAGGUUUACUUUUCCGAUCGAGUCAACCGACGGGGUGUCUUCAUUAUCGGGUGCUGUGUUCCAGUCGCAAUUGGUUACCUGAUCUGUGUGGCCACAGCAAGCGGUGCUGCCGGUUAUGCGGGCAUGUUUAUACUCGUUUUAGGGAUCUAUCCAAUUUCUACCCUCGCUGUAACGUGGGUGUCUACCAACCUCUCACCAGAUUCCAAGCGUGCGAUUGGAAUGCCCUUGGCCUAUUCAAUUGGAAACCUAUCUGCACUGGUGUCAUCCCAGCUAUAUCCCAGUCAACAGGGUCCACGGUAUAUAAUUGGGAAUUCUGUCUCAGCUGGUCUGACCGUGGUUGCUGGAGUUCUCUAU